UUAAUUUUUGGAAAACCACGACUGCUAUUUAGUAUGCAAAAGCAAAGUCCCCCGUUCUAAUUUUAAUGGGGCUAAGGCAUACAAGAGAGAUGAGUUUUUCACCUUCACUGUCACUUUCACUUUCACUUUCACUUUCACUUUCGAACGCUCAAAUAACUCGGGAUCCGGACAAGCUCAAGUUCAACCUUAAGGAGCUUCUGCAAGCGUUCUGCUACGGGCGAGAGAUCGGCGGGACUUGGUCAGAUGGCCGAGAACCUCUUCGAAGGCCUUCCACCGCCGAUUUCAGCGACAAACCUUUUGCCGGAGACCCUAUUACCAGACGCACCCACCAAUCAGAUUCGGCCCUCCGAUCCUUCUAUCAAUCCCGCCCCUUCUUCUUCUUCUCCGGCCCCGGUCAUCAAGAGCGCCCUCAAGCGUCCCAAGACUGCCCAAGAACCCAACUCUGCAGCUACAGCACCAGCACCAGGAAAACGUUUAAGGUUCAAAACCACAACAGAUGCUUCAGAGACCCAAGUUUUGGAGGCUAUGCAGAAGAUAGCUUCACAUAUUAAGAACCCCACGAAGUUUGGCAAAGCUGCAAAACUUGCCAUACAGCUCAUUCAGGCAGGAAGUGUGAAGCCAGCUACCAGUGAUCGUUUCUUUACCAUACUUGAAGCUGCCAUGUCCAUGUCUUCAUCCACUCCUUGCACAGAUCCUUCAGUACGAGGAGACUAUCAUGCAUUGUUUUCAGCUGCACAAUCUACCAUGGAAUGCCUUAACAGAAAGCAGAAGAACCAGUUAACAACCUGGACAAUUCAGACUGUGUUGGCAAAUGAUUUGUUGACAGAUGACAGUUUUGUGUUUUCGAAGACAGCUGGACAAAUAAAAGAAGCUAUCUCUAAUCUUCCUGUUGCAACUAAGGAGGAUGAUUCUGAGGAAGCUGAAGCUCUUAAAGGUCAUGAAGAGAGCACAGAUGAUGAACAUCAGAAAAAGAAGGAUGCUGCUCCAGCUGAAGGGAAAAAUCAGGAAGAAUCCGAUCCAUUUGGUCUAGAUGCUUUUCUGCCCGGUUCAUUAAAGAAAAGUGAGAGAGCAAAGGUAAAAAAUGAUGUGGUAUCCAAGACUAGAAAUGAUGAAGAAGUGGAGACCAAGAGUUUUCUCAAAGCACAAAGAGGUGCCCUGAUUAGCUGUUUAGAAAUUGCUGCUCAUCGGUAUAAAAUUCCAUGGUGUCAAACUGUGAUUGAUAUCUUAGUGAAGCAUGCCUUUGACAAUGUUACAAGGUUCACAUUGCAGCAACGGGAUGCAAUAGGGAAAUUGUGGGCUUCAGUAAGGGAACAACAAAAUCGUAGGAAACAAGGGAAAUCCGUGUCGGGUAAACUAGACGUAAAUGGAUUUGAAUGGCUGCAACAAAAAUAUGCCAAUGAGAAGAUCAGCAUUCGACAUUCUGUUGGGGGUAGCGGCGAUCGAAAAGCACAACAGUGGCUUGGUUGACAAAUCAGCAUUCCCUUAAGUGAGGUUUCCUUGAUGUUCGCUCAUAACAAAAAAAAAGUGCAUUGAUUUUAUUGUUGAAAUUUAUAUGUACAUGAGUAUUUUUAUAUAGGAUAACAAUCUGGAAUCUUACAUUACCAAUAACCCAGACAAGAACAAUAUCCUUCACUGAA